CAGGCUGCCAAUCAGGGACAGGUGAGGGAAAGGAGCGGAACAAAAAAUAAGAGCGCUGACAAGUGACAGAUCGUCUAAUAGGCUUCGUCUGACGCACAGGAGCAGCAUCAGCAUCAUCAUCAUCAUCAUCAUCAUCACCAUCAGCAUCUUCCAGGACGCUUUCUUUCCCCGGGAGUGUGUGUGCGUGUUGUGUGCGCGCGCAGCCACCCUCAGAGCAACAUGUUUCCAGCCUGGGGACGCGGAAGGUGCACCGGCGGCGGGGGCUCGGCGGCGGCACCGCAUCAUCACCGGACCAUGGCGGCGGCGACGUUUGCGUCCGGACGGGUCAGGAAGGUGUUGGUGUCCUGUUGGAUUCUGCUGUCGGCGACGUGUUUCGGCGCCCGGGCUCAAGAUGACGUGCCACCUUAUUUCAAGAUGGAGCCUCCUCAGACCCAGGUUCAUCUGGAGGGCAACCGGCUGGUCCUCACCUGCAUGGCCGAGGGCAGCUGGCCCCUGGAGUUCAAAUGGAUCUACAACGGCACCGAGCUGACCCGCUUCUCCUUGGAGUACCGGUAUCUGAUCCCUUCGCUGGACCGAUCCAAUGCCGGCCACUACCGAUGCAUCGUGAGAAACCGAGUUGGCGCCAUAAUGCAGUGCAGCACUGAAGUGAGGGUCGCCUACAUGAGCAGCUUCGUAGAAAGCGACAGGACUCAAACUGUGUCCCAAGGCGACGGCGCUCUCAUCCACGCCCCGCGCAUCCACAGCUUCCCCAAGCCUCAGAUCACCUGGUUCCGAGACGGACGCAAGAUUCCUUCCAGCAGUCGCAUGGCCAUCAGUCUGGACAACACUCUGGUCAUCCUGUCAACAGUGGCGCCCGACGCAGGUCGUUACUACGCCCAGGCCGUCAAUGACAAGAACGGGGAGAACAAAACCAGUCAGCCCGUCACACUCAUUGUGGAGAAUGUGGGAGGACCUGCAGACCCCAUCGCCCCCUUCAUAAUCAUCCCCCCGAAGAACACCAGCGUGACUAUGGGGAGGAACGAGGCCAUCUUGGAGUGCAUCGCCAACGCCAGGCCGCUCGUGAAGAUGAGCAUCACUUGGAGGAAAGAUGGCGCCGUGGUCAACACGGGGAUCAGAGAUUUCGGCCGUAGAUUGGUCAUCAGUCAGCCAAAGGUCAGCGACAGCGGUUACUACCAGUGUGAGGCGUCGCUUCGCAGCAGCAGCGUGCCAUCGGUCACCGCCGGUGCUUUCCUGCAAGUGCUAGAAUAUCCUCUGUUUGUAAAAGAGCCACCGAGUCACAUCACAGCUGAGAUGGAGAAGGUGGUGGACAUCCCUUGUCAGGCUCGAGGCACACCUCAGCCAGACAUUGUGUGGUACAAGGAUGCUGUGCCCAUCAGCCCGGUGAAGAUCCCCAGGUACAAAGUUCUAGUGGGAGGCAGCCUGCAAAUCAAUGGCCUUCUGCCCGAUGACACGGGAAUGUUCCAGUGCUUCGCUCGCAAUCUCGCCGGGGAGAUCCAGACCAACACCUACCUUGCUGUCACCAGCAUCGCUCCCAACAUCACCGCCGGCCCCGCUGACAGCGCCGUGAUUGACAGCAUGUCAAUCAUCAUGCACUGCGAGACGUCCGGAGCCCCGCGCCCAGCCAUCACCUGGCAAAAAGGUGAACGCGUCCUGGCCAGCGGCUCGGUCCAGUUGCCCAGGUUCACCCUGCUGGAGUCGGGAAGUUUGCUCAUCAGUCCGUCGCACCUCUCUGACGCCGGCACCUACACCUGCAUGGCCAGCAACUCUCGAGGCAUCGAUGAAGCAUCUGCAGACCUUGUGGUGUGGGCUCGCACCCGCAUCACCAAGGCGCCGCAGGAUCAAAGCGUCAUCAAGGGCACCAAGGCGGUCAUGAGCUGCGGGGUGACCCACGACCCCAGCGUCACCAUCAGUUACGUGUGGGAGAAGAGUGGCACCGCGAUUGACGUGAACGCGUCGCCCCGCCUCCGGCUGGAUCCCGAGGGGACGCUUCACAUCUCCCAGACGUGGUCCGGAGACAUCGGGACAUACACCUGCAGGGUGACCUCCGUGGGUGGCAACGACUCCCGCAGCUCCCACCUCAGAGUCAGGCAACUCCCACACGCGCCCGAAAACCCGAUAGCGCUCCUAAGCACGGCAGAGAAACGGGCCAUCAACCUGACCUGGGCUCAGGCGUUCGACGGCAACAGCCCCCUCAUCCGCUACAUCCUGGAAGUGUCCGAGAACAACGCUCCAUGGACGGUCCUGUUGGCCAACAUCGAUCCGGAGUCUACCGGGGUCACCGUCGGCGGCCUCAUUCCGGCACGUUCCUAUCAGUUCCGCCUGUGCGCCGUCAACGACGUCGGCCGAGGCCAGUUCAGCAAAGAGACGGAGCGACUAACCCUCCCGGAGGAGCCGCCCAGCGCCCCGCCUCAGACGGUCAUCGCCAGUGGCCGCACCAAUCAGUCCAUCAUGAUCCAGUGGCAGCCGCCCCCGGAGAGCCAUCAGAACGGACCCCUCCAGGGCUACAUCAUCAGGUACUGUCUGUCUGGGCUGCCCGUGGACUGCCAGAUAAAAAACAUCACCAACCCGGACCAAAGCAGCCUGCUCCUGGAGGACCUCAUCAUCUGGACCAACUACGAGAUGGAGGUGGCGGCAUACAACGGGGCAGGGAGGGGCGUCUACAGCCACAAGGUGACAGAGUGGACUCUGCAAGGAGUACCCACAGUGCCACCAGGGAAUGUGCAAGCUGAGGCUGUCAACUCCACCACGAUACGUUUCACCUGGAGCGCCCCCAGCCCUCAGUUUAUCAACGGAAUUAACCAGGGAUACAAGCUGUUAGCGUGGGAACCCAAUCGGGCCAGCGAGGUCACCACGGUGACGGCGCGCCCCAACUUCCAAGACAGCGUGCACGUGGGCUACGUCUCGGGUCUGAGGAAGUUCGCCGAGUACUACACGUCCGUUCUGUGCUUCACCACGCCAGGAGACGGCCCCCGCAGCCCGCCUCAGCGGCUGCGCACCCACGAGGACACCCCCGGCGCCGUGGGACACCUCAGCUUCACAGACAUUUUGGAUACCUCCCUAAAAGUCAGCUGGAAGGAGCCUCAGGAGAAAAACGGUCUUCUCACAGGCUACCGCAUCUCCUGGGAAGAGUUCAACAGGACCAACACGCGGGUUACCCACUAUUUGCCCAACCCCACUCAAGAGUACAAGGUGACGGGGCUCACCGCGCUCACCACGUACACCAUCCAGGUGGCCGCCAUGACCUCCAAAGGUCAAGGUCAACUCUCGGCGUCCACCAUCUCCUCUGGGGUCCCGCCAGAACUACCGGGCCCCCCGACCAAUUUAGCCAUCUCCAAAGUCGGCGCUCGCUCCGUCAAUCUGCAGUUCAAGCCCGGUUAUGACGGCAAGACGUCCAUUUCCCGCUGGCAGGUGGAAGCCCAGAUCGGUAUCAUUGGAGACAAUGAAGAGUGGCUUAAGAUACAUCAGCUGCCAAAUAAACCGGAUGCCAGAUCCAUGGAGGUCCUGGACCUGAACCCUUUCACUUCUUACAGGUUCAGAAUGCGACAGGUGAACAUCGUGGGUACUAGCCCCCCCAGUCAGCCUUCUAGAAAGAUCCAAACCCUGCAGGCUUCUCCAGACGUCUCCCCCGCCAACGUCACCCUCCGCACAGCCAGUGAGACCAGCCUGUGGCUUCGCUGGGUGCCUCUUCCCGAGUGGGAAUACAAUGGGAAUCCAGAUCUUGUCGGCUACCGGAUCCAGUACUCCAAGGCCGGGUCCAAAGGGGGAGUUCUUUCCCACGUAAUCAUGGACCGGCUGGAGAGAGAGUUCACCAUUGAAGACCUGGAGGAGUGGACAGAGUAUGAAGUUCGCGUUCAGGCCAUCAAUGGAAUUGGAUCUGGACCCUGGAGCCAGCCUGUCCAUGGCAGAACGAGGGAGUCCGUGCCAUCCAGCGGUCCCAGCAAUGUGUCAGCCUUCGCCACCACCUCAAGCAAGAUACUGGUACGCUGGGGAGAAGUCCCGGAGCCGGAUCGCAACGGGCUCAUCCUGGGCUACAAGGUCAUCUACAAAGAGAAGGACUCAGAAAUGACCCCCAACUUCUGGACAGUGGAUGGCAACACGAGCCACAGUGUCCAUCUGACCGGUCUGGGCAAGUACGUUCUCUAUGAGAUCCGGGUCCUGGCAUUCACCCGUAUUGGUGACGGACGGAGCAGCUCGCCAUCCAUUCUGGAAAGAACGCUGGAUGAUGUUCCAGGUCCUCCGGUUGGCAUCCUGUUCCCCGAAGUCAGAACCACAUCAGUCAGGCUCAUCUGGCAACCUCCUUCCCAACCAAACGGCAUCAUCCUGGCCUACCAGAUCACAUACAGGAGAAACUCCUCCAGCACGAGUGCCGCCACCGUGGACGUUCUGAGCCCCAGCGCUCGGCAGUACACGGCGACGGGGCUCAGGCCUGAAAUGGUUUACAUCUUCCGCCUGACUGCGCAAACACGCAAAGGCUGGGGGGAAGCAGCCGAGGCCUUGGUGGUCACGACAGAGAAGCGAGCGCGACCUCAGCCCACGAGCCGGCCUGUCGUGCCUCAAGAGCGAGUGCAGGCUCGCAGAGUGCAGUUGUCAUGGGAACCGGGCAGCGACGGCCUCUCUCCGGUCCGUUACUACACAGUGCAGUACAGAGAACUGCCCGACAGCAACUGGACGGUCCAUUCUGCGUCUGUCAGUCAUGAGAUGAUCUCGUACUCAGUGGACAGGUUAAAACCCUUCACGUCCUACCAGUUUCGUGUCAAGGCCACCAAUGACAUUGGAGACAGUGAAUACAGCCAGGAGAGUGAGGCCAUCACUACUCUACAGGAUGCCCCUGACAAACCCCCCACCAUUCUGUCUGUAACACCCCACACUACCACGUCUGUGCUGGUCCGCUGGCAGUCCCCCUCCGAGGAUCACAUCAAUGGAAUUCUACUUGGCUUCAGGGUCAGGUACAGAGAGUUGUACUACGACCGACUGCGCAGCUUCACAGUUCGCACCGUCAACAGUCCCUCCCCGAGCUGGGCCGACCUCACUGCACCUUACAGCGUCAGGAACUUGAGCGAAUCCUCCCUCACCCAGUAUGAACUUGACAAUCUGAGUAAACACAAGCGCUACGAGAUCCGACUCAGCGUAUACAACGCUGUCGGGGAGGGUCCGAGUAGCGUGCCGCAAGAGGUCUUUGUCGGCGAGGCAGUCCCGACUGCCCCGCCCCAGAAUGUCGCGGUCCAGUCGUCCACUGCCACCCAGCUGGACGUCACAUGGGACCCCCCACCCCUGGAUGCACAGAACGGAGACAUCCAAGGUUACAAGAUCUAUUUCUGGGAGUUUCAGCUGCAGAACGAUACGGAGCGUCUGCGCACGUUGUUCCUGCCCGAGCUGGGGGUCAAGCUGAAAAACUUGACGGGCUACACCACCUACAUGAUCAGCGUGGCCGCCUUCAACGCGGCAGGGGACGGGCCGCGGUCCCUGCCCAGCAGAGGGCGCACUCAGCAAGCAGCUCCCACCGCCCCCGGCUUCAUCCACUUCAGUGAGCUGACCACCACCUCCGUCAACGUGUCCUGGGGAGAGCCCAAGCAGGCCAACGGCAUCGUGGAAGGCUACCGUCUGGUUUACGAGCCGUGCACGCCAGUCGACGACUCCUCUCCUCGCACUCCAGGUGUCAGUAAGAUAGUGACAGUGGACGUCAAAGGCGGCGCCCCCUUGUGGAUGAAGAUCAAGGACCUCUCCGACGGCGCCACCUACAACUUCCGUAUCCGGGCCAAAACGCUCACCUACGGACCUGAGGUGGAGGCCAACAUCACCACGGGGCCAGGAGAAGGAGCCCCAGGCCCUCCCGGGGAGCCCUUUAUUUCUCGCUACGGCUCCGCACUGACCCUGCACUGGACCAGCGGUGAUCCGGGCCGUGCACCCAUCACGAGAUACGUCAUUGAAGCCAGACCGUCUGAUGAGGGACUGUGGGACAUUUUCAUCAAAGACAUCCCCAAAGAAGUCACCUCCUAUACGCUCAACCUGGAGAUGCUGCGAGAAGGCGUCACCUAUGAUUUCCGAGUCAUAGCGGUGAACGACUACGGCUAUGGUUCUCCCAGCCUCCCUUCGCCGUCCAUAUCAGCCCAGAAAGUGUCGCCCUUCUACGAGGAAUGGUGGUUCCUGGUCGUCAUCGCACUGGUGGGUCUCAUUUUCAUCCUGCUGCUGGUGUUUGUCCUCAUCAUACGAGGGCAGAGUAGGAAAUACACCAAGAAGACUGAUUCAGGGAACCACUCCAACUGCACAGCGCUGCCGCUGACCCAUGGCGAGAUGGUGCACCUGGACGAGGGCCGCUUCCCGUCGCUGGAGCUCAACAACAGGCGCCUCUCGGUGAAAAACUCCUUUUGCCGCAAGAACGGCAUCUACACACGGUCGCCACCGAGGCCAAGUCCCGGAAGUCUUCAUUACUCUGACGAGGACGUGAGCGCCAAAUAUAACGACCUGAUUCCAGCAGAGAGCAGCAGUCUGACUGAGAAGCCCUCCGAGAUCUCAGACUCUCAGGGCAGCGACAGCGAGUACGAGAUGGACCAGAGCCGCCAGAAGACGCACUCCUUCGUGAGCCACUACAUCAGCGACCCCACCUACUACAACUCGUGGCGGAGGCAGCCCAAGGGCGUCUCUCGGCCGCCGGCGUACGGCUACUCUCAGCCCGAGCCCCUCGUGGAGCAGGAGUCUCGACCCCACCCGCCUCCCGUGCCCCCUCUGCCGCCUCUAGUCCCCCAGAGCGCCCCGUCCCCGCAGCCCCAGGUGCAGCCCCCGGGCCAGGGCACCCUUUUCAGGCCGAAAGGAAGCCGGACUCCCACCCCUUCCUUGAUGUCCUCGGAACCCCCCAGCCAACACGGCACUCUCUACCGACCCCCCAGCAGCCUGGGCUGCGCCGCCAACCCUCCGCCGCCCACUGCGGGGUUCUCCUCUUUCGUUUGACGCACUGCUCUCCAAAAUAAGAGCUUGGGACACUGAGAACAACUGAGGAGCUCAAUUCUCGACAUCACAGACAUCUUUCCUCUCUGCAAAGUGCGUGUGUGUGUGUGUGGUUUAUUAAUGUGAUGUUUAUUUAAUGACAAUCAUUCGGUGGAACAUGAUCAUCAAAAGGAGACGGAACAAAAAAAAUGCUGUACAAUUGUUUGAUAUGAGAGCUUUAAAAGGACUCACACACACUUCAAAUCCAUCGAGCACUUGGGUGGAUGAGAGCGGAGAACUACUGAUGGAAGAAUGUUUGUAAAAAAAAACAAAAAAAGUGGUGAGAAACCAGACUCUGUUUUGAAAAAGAGGCAGUGACAGUCACUGUGACCUCCUCCACUGCCUUUCUCCGUUGUCUUUACGAUACGUACACAUCUCAUGUCCUUUACCAGCUAUUUAUAUCGAUCCACUUCAAGCCCACCCAUGGCGCCACUGCCGUCAAGAACUAUACAAACUUUACGGAGAAAUUUUGUUGACAUUGACAAUAAAGCGUGUCUUUUUGCUGUUAUCCACAUCAUCAUCAUCAUCAUCACAGAUGCUGACGCAAAGAGCAGAAGCACAAGUCACCUUCGGAUCGGACAAUGUUGCACCCUCACUGCUGACUUGUUGGGGGUUUUGUAGGAAAUGGUACUAAAGUUUAGGACCUAUGGCAAAAAGUGA